CUAUUAAUUAUUUUCCUUCUCUGUUCCUCUGGUCUCCGAGCAGUAAAAUAUAUAAAGUAUGGUUUAAUCAUAAAGAGACCUAGUUCAAUCAUGGUUUUAAGCCUAGUCAUACUUCUCUCUACAGUUUUCAUCUCACACUCUAAGGUGCUCUAUAAUCUGAAAUACCGGGAGCUGAAGCCAACCUUAAAAAAUCAGGUUUAUAAGGCAGAAAUUUUAGAGAAAGAGAACCUGGAAAAUCUUAACCUGGAGAAUGUUUACUUGGGAAAUGUAAACCAGGAAAAUCCGGCUCUUGGGAAUCUGAACCUGGAGAAUUCGGACCUACAGAAUCUGAACCUGGAUAAUGUUGACCUAGAGAACUUCAACCUCGAGAAUCCGGACCUGGAGAAUCUGAACCCAGUAGAGUAUCUAGUCCUGGACGGCAUUCUACCAAACCAGCCUGAUUUUAAAGAAGAUUUGAAAGAUCUAAAAAUAUCGGAUUUCUUCAACUUCAACCAAAUGCAGGAUAAUUUCCAUAUACCUGCUCCAACCUACACCCUGGGUAAAACGAUCAUACUCAGUCCUGAGAUUGGAUUAAAUCUUGCCAGAUUUGGGUCUAUCACACACCCUGAUACCAGGAAAACCAGGAUGCCUCUUAAUACUGCACCUGUCAGCAGAGAUUUUGAUUCUGUUUACUUCAGUGAUAACAGUGUUCUACCCCAACCCAGCAGUCUUAAAAACAACCACCAUAGCAGCAUUGUAAACCAUCCAAGCAGCUUCGUAAACCAACCAAGCAGCUUUGCAAAUCAACCAAGCAGCAUCGUGAACCAACUAAGCAGCUUUUCAAACCAGCCAAGAAGCUUCGUAAACCAACAAAGUAACCCUGCAUACCAACAAAACAGCUUUGUAAAACAGCCAAGCAGCUUUUCUAAGCAACCAAGCAGCAUUGCAAACCAGCCAAGCAGCUUUGUAUAUCAACCAAGCAGCAUCGGUAACCAACAAACCAAGCAGCUUUGCAAACCGUCCGAGCAGCAUUGUAAACAAGCCAAGCAGCUUGGCUCAGGUAGAACUGUGAAUCAACCCAGCAGCAUUGGGAACCAACUAAGCAGCCUUCUAGACCAACCCAGCGGCAGUGCGAACCAACUAAGCAGCAUUUUAGACCAACCCAGCAGCAUUGGAAACCAACUAAGCAGCAUUCUAGACCGACCCAGCAGCUUAUAUCCGUUCCAGGUUGAGAAUGAAAACCGUAAAGACGUUAAUGUUCAAUCAUAUCCAAUACCGUCACACCAUGAUUCCACAUUGGAUUACACUCAAACAAAACCACGCCAACCCUUCCACAACGAAAAGUUAAUGUUAGAGAGGAAUCGUGGUGAUCAAUGGCCAGAAAUAGACUCUGUGUGGUUUGGGUCAGACUGAAAAAAAACCUGUUUAUUCUAAAUUCUUAGAUAAUCUAUUAUUUUGUGUUUCAUUGUAAUAAUCUUAAUUUAUUAUGAAGCUAGCUGAGUAGUACUAUGUUUUUGACAAUCUUGCAUGUAAUAUAUAUGAAUAAAUUAUAAUAUUAAAUAAAGAAAAGAAAAUAA